UAUCUCUAUUUCAUGCAAAGCUGUGCAGCUCACAGAACUCAAACUAGUAUUUUUCCACUGAAGCGGUUACAGCUCCGGGCCUCGAGGGGGCGGCGUCACAGCGAACGGCCGCGCGUGUGCUUACACGGGCAUGGCUGUGACGUCACAUGCCCGAUGCGGAAGUAGCAGUCGGUUCCGCGGCUGUGGGACGAGGGAUGAGACGUGAGGAAAAAGCGACGAAGUACACACACACACACACACUGCCUGCAAAACCGUUUUUAUUUGAGAAGUCAUGAGGACGGUGUUCGUAACCGUCGGCACCACGAGCUUCGAUGAGCUCAUCAGAAGCAUCACGUGUCCGCAGAACGUGCAGGCUUUAAAGGCUCGAGGAUAUGAGCGGCUGGUUCUUCAGACUGGAAGAGGAUCUAUUAUUCCAGCGGCUGACAGCUGUCCAGAUGUCAGACUGGAGGCCUAUCAAUUUAAAGACUCUAUAGCAGAAGACAUCAAGCAGGCUGACCUCGUCAUCAGCCAUGCAGGAGCAGGAAGCUGUUUGGAGGCGCUUGAAGCAGGUAAACCUCUGCUGGUGGUCGUCAAUGACAAGCUGAUGAACAACCACCAGCUGGAGAUGGCCAGACAGCUGCACAUGGACUCCCACUUGUUGUACUGCACCUGCAGCACCCUGACAGAAACCCUGAGGACGAUGGAUCUCUCUGUUCUCCAGCCCUUCUUGCCCGGACAGCCCAAGAAUUUUGCGAAUUUCCUCGACAAAGCCCUCGGUAUUUAGAGAUACUUUCAAUUUCUUUGUUGUUUAUCUGUUAAGCUGAUGCUUGAUGGUUUUUUAGAAUAUUAUGUCUUAAUAGAUCAUGAUAUUUCUUCAUUGUAAAAUGUACAGCACAUCUGACACUAUUUUCGUAUGCAACAAUAAUAAUCUAUUAUUUCAAAUCAUGUGUCCUGUGAAUUACUUGUAUAUUCUAGAUUUAGUUUAUAUAUAUAUAUAUAUUAUUGUUUUCCACCUCAUCACAGAGAGGAUGUUUGUACCUGUUCUUGCCUCUAAGGUGACACUACCAGCACAUAAACCCCAACUUCUUCCAGUCCAAACUGGAAAGAACACAUGCAGAGAGUUGGUAGCUUUUUGUUUGCUUUGUUUUUAGCCAUUUUUAAGGGUGGUUGUUGAAGUUCUAGGUAGAAUCUAACUUUAUGUGCCAUGACUACCUUUUUUUCCCUCUCAAGUCUACUCCCAAUCUGUUGAAAAGCAGGAGCACCAAGCUUUAGUAAGUAGGCUGAAUAAGAGGGUAUUCAACGUCACAGCCUGCAGAAAAUGGGUAAAUAUUGUAUAUACGUGACCAUGUACAUGAUCACUGCUGAUUCAUCCUUUCUUCAGUCACAAUUUCUUCACAUAGGGAGGUUUUGUUCAACAGGAAAUGAUGGGUUAAAGACAGCAUGUCUUGUUUGGCUUCUCAAAGUCUGUGAUGAGUCAGAGCUGGAAACGUCUUUUGAUGCACGUUCUACUACUGAGGCAGAAUGUUUUGGCAUCAGCUUUACUGACUGGAUUUGUUGACCAGAUUAAAAUACCUGUUAAUGCGGCUGGUAGAACAGGUUAACAGCCCGGUUGCUCCAGCAUUUAAUAAUGAUACAGUAUGGUGUUAAUUUACAGAUUCCCUGAGAUGACGAUUGGAUGUCAGGCAGCUUGAUAAAGACUUGAUAAUAAUACAAUAAUGUAUCACAUCCCUGUUGUACAAGGAAAAACAAAGUAGUGUACUUCCUUCUUAGGAAAGUCCCUUCUGUUUUGUUUCUUGGAGAAUUCCGUUGCACCAAGUGAGGCAUGGGCGGCUCUCAGAGUCCGGAUACACCAGCCAGCUGAAACUUUGUAUUUCAAAAGAGGCAUGGCAGAACCACCUCACUGAAACGCCAUUAUGCUUGGAUGUUGAUUCUGAAAGGUCAGCAUUAUAAUUUAAGUCUGACCAGGGUUGUGAAAAAUUAUUAAAUUGGCUCAGGCACAAUAAUAAGAAUUUGUAAUCUCUUGGCAGUUUCUAGGAUUCACAUGAUGUCAAUAUCUCUUUUGAAUAUUGUAGAUCUAAAACAAUAAUUAACGACUAUUUUUCAUAAUCAAUUACACGUUUUCAGUUUCUCAAAUGUGACGAUUUAAUUUUUAAAACUAAUCCCCCACUGAGAAACAGUAUUGCAGUUCUGCUUUUGGUGUUUUCCCCUUAAUCAAUUAGAACAGUGGCUAAGUGGUUUAGACUGGUUCUGCCUGCCGCUCCAUAUGAUUCACAUGAUGUUUGUGCAAACUGCAUGUUGAUCUAAUAGAAAUGGACAAUCGAGACCAGUGUCACUUGUUUUCCCCACAGCUUCUCUGUCCGCUUUAUUUUUACUGGUUUGUUCUGUUUGGAACAUUAGGGAAGUCAAUAUGAAGCUUUACACAUUAAUCAGUAUAAGACUAAAUAUUGAUCUCAACACAAACUGAUCGACUAGAUAUGUUUUCAUUUCCACUUUCAUUUCCACAGUACAGAGCGUAACCUCAAAAUAAAAGGAAAUUUCUUAAGAUUGAGGAACUACAUUAAAAUAAAGAAAAAAAUAAUGUACGCUUUUCUUCAGCCGCAGUUGGUAAGAAAAGUAAAAAAAAACACAGAAGAGAGUUCUCAGAGAGAACUAUUUGAUUUUGAACCAAUUGAAUGCCGAAAUGUCUGAUAGAGAACAAACAUCCCAUUCAUUAAGACGAGACAAGACUCAAUAAGUCCACACAAAAAGUAACUAAUCGUGUCAAAGCAAGCAGGGAUGUAGUGGUCAGCUGUGGACAUCUCAGUUAAUCAAUGCUUGUUGUGUUUACUUCAGGACGCAAACAUGAAUGAUACUUGUUGUCUUUGCCUUUGUGACCUUGUAAAAUCUUGAUGUAUGACAGCAGGAUGGUUGAGAUUAAACCUUCCUAUGUUAAACUAGCAUCAGUCAUCUAAGAUUUAUCAUCAGUCAUCUAAGAUAUGCUUUAUUUACAAUCAAGCACCGUGUAAGUUGUUGUGAAAUUCUUUCUUUAAUGUAAGAUGGGUAAAAGUAGACCAUAUGCCAUAACAUUGCUAUAACAUAGUACAGUGUUUAUUAUGUGAUACUGAAGGAUAUUUAUUAAACCUAAAGUAUAGAAUUCAUUGUGUUGUAGAGUUCUUAAGUGAAAGUAGCAGGGCUCACCCCCACCCUAAAACACAAACCCCCCCGAAAAGACCAACACACGUGUGACUUAUGUGGUGAAGUCAUGCCUUCAGAUACAAACUGUGUCUGACCCAGCCAGCAGGAUUACACGGAUGAUUUUACACUCCGUGAUGCAGAUUUCAUGGCCUUUCUGGGUUCGACCACUUGUAUCCUAAUAAUCAAAAUGAACACAACUCUGCUUCGUGAGACCACAUUUCCCCAAAUGUAAAGGACAAGUAUAUUGUAGCAAAGAAAACUGACAUUAAAAGGAGUAAAUCUA